AUGGCGGUCUACAAGCAUAACCCUCACCCGAACGCCUUCGUGGCCUUCUUUCGCAAGAUCUACAAUCCCGUCGGCUUCAACAAAGGCUACAACUUCAUCCUCUUCUUCAUCUUCGCAGGAGCACUCUUUGGGUUUGCUUUGGCACGGACACCGUACAUGAACGUCAAUGGCUACUUCAUGUCCAGGACGGCACCGGGAGAAGCAUACUGGUAUCGUCAGAGCUACUACAACAUUGGUAUCCAAAUCCACCUCCUGUGCGUGAUCCCAGCAAGCCUGUUGGUCGUCUUCCAAUUUGUGCCAGUCAUCAGACACAAAGCUCGACUUUUCCACCGCAUCAACGGCUACGUGGUGGUCCUUCUCCUCAUCGUCGGGAAUGUCGGUGCUGUCAUGAUAGCGCGACGAGCCUUUGGCGGAACUCUAGCAACACAAACAGCCGUCGGUGCCUUUGCCAUCUUCACUACUGUCGGCUCAGUCCUCGCCUGGAUCAACAUCAAGCGCCUGCAGAUCGAGCAGCAUCGUGCUUGGAUGCUUCGCACCUGGGCCAUAGCCGGCGGUAUCAUCACUGUACGCCUUAUUCAAGUCAUCAUGGGACUUGUCAUCUCGAAAGUAGGCUCAUACUACGUUGCUAUGCUUUGCGCUCAGAUCGAAGGCGCGGGCGGCAACUUCGACAAAUAUCCGUCAUGUCAAGCAAACCCUGAAGGACUUGCUGUCGUGCAUGCGAACUGGUCCGACACCACCGAAGGAGUCGAAGAGGUCGCUGCAACUUUUCAACUCUCAUUUGGCGCGACCAUGUGGUUGACUUUCGCUAUUCACCUCCUCGGAGUAGAACUAUACCUCCACUUGACAAAGGCCGAGACUGAAAGAUUGCGCCAAGUCUCUUACGAGCGCCAGCUCGAGCGAGGCUGGAAACACCCUGGCAGUGCAGGUCUGACGAGUGACAAGUUCGGUGACGAGGAAGAGUGGCAAUCCAGCGCCAAAAGCCAGCUCUCACGACCUGUCCAAGCUGAACAGAAAGCGGAAGUGGGCGAGGUGCUCAGCGACGACUCGAGUGUAUACAGCAAACCAGCGAGCGCGCUUGGCUGGAAUCGAUGA